AUGAUAUUCCUCAUCCUAGUGUGUCUCACUCAACCCCAACUUCAGUUUGGAGUCCAGGGCCUUGAUAUUCGUAAACCUGUCCUAGGGCACAGUGAGCAGGAAGAAACUACGAAACCCGUCCCAGUAGACGUUAAUCCUAGCCUGGAGACUCUGCUAACUCCUAAACCUAUCCUACAAAUUAUUUCUCAGGAAAAAGUGUUCCAACAUUCUCCCGGACAGAAUAAAAUCCUUUUGGAUCGGGAUGGAAUAUAUUCUAUUAAUUCUGUCACGACACAAUAUGUUUCACAUGAGGAGUUUCAACCUUCUAAGGAAACUGUAGUUUUUGAAAAUGCCGCAAAUGUUAGUGAAUUUACAAAGACGACCCCCGUGGAGGAAGAAUCUUUACUUGGACGAAGAUAUCACUCACCAUAUAGUUCUAGAUGUAAAAUAAUUCGUGACACAAUCAGUGAACCAAGAGUUGGAAGAGAUGGGUAUAAAAGUCGGAGUAACAGUACCAAGUCCAGUUCACAGUUUGUAGCGGAGAUACAAAAAAUUAAAUCUUCACCGCCGAGCAGUAAAAGUCCCUCCCUUCCUCGCAGCAAUAAUUCCCCCCUCCCUCAUCCAUAUACUCCAACCAACUCAGCAGGAUACAAAGUGGCACCAGAGGACGCAUUAAUACUAAAAGGAUCCAACCAAGGCCGGCAACCUAAACAGGUUCAAGAUGAAAAUCAUGUUCAAGAUAAAAGCAAUGUUCAAGAUGAAAACCAUGUUCAAGAUAAAAACAAUGUUCAAGAUGAAAACCAUGUUCAAGAUAAAAACGAUGUGCAAGAUGAAAACCAUGUUCAAGAUAAAAACCAUGUUCAAGGCCAAAACCAUGUUCAAGACCAAAAACUUGUUCAAGGCCAUUCUGACAAGAAGACGUUACAAGCCCUAGAGGACGUUCUUGUUCAAAAACAGGUUCAAGAAGAAAAACACAUUAAAGAGCAAAAACAAUUUGAAAAACAGAGAAAAAGUCAUGCAGAAGCUCAAAAAGAGGUGCAAGUUCAAGAAAUUAACGGGAAGGAGGCUGUUCCAGGUCAAUUUGAGCCUCAUGAAGAUAAUCUUCAAGUUCAGCCUCCCGAGGCUGGUCACAAGACCAAAUAUGCCAAAGAAGUGAAUCGAGGCCAGGAUUGUGAAUUUGAAAACCAGAAUCUAAAGAAUAAGAUUCAAUUAUGGAAAACUGAGUUAACAUCUAAUGCUGGUCCAACGAUUGAGGUUGUUAAAAGUUUUGAGGAUGGAACCGUUUUGGAGGCUGCGAACGCUUCAGAGGCUGCUUCUGAAGAUGUGAAGACUAAUGAUGAUGUUUCGAAGGAAAAUCUUCGACGAAGAAACAAAAGUAAAUCCCUCGCCAGAAUCCGACAUCGAAGGUCUAAGUUUCAGAAACAAAGAGAGCUCUACCCGAUUCACUGCGGUACCUUUAACCCCGUUAUAUAA